CUCCUUUCCACCUUCACCGCUAACUACAAGCUCCAUGCACCACUUCCUCUCCGCAUCCUCCCACUGCUGUCCCCUCUUCUUGACAACCGCGAUUUGUUUGAUAUUUUCGAUUUCAUUUAUUUCUCCCAGAUUCACCCUUCACGAUGGAUGAUAUCUCCCCCGAAUACGAUGUUGUCGUCCUCGGCACCGGCCUGACGGAGUGUGUCCUUUCUGGAGUUCUCAGUGUCAAGGGCAACAAGGUGCUCCAUAUCGAUCGCAAUGAUCACUACGGAGGUGAGGCUGCCUCUGUGAACAUUGAAACUCUCUUCAAGAAAUACGGCAAUGUCCCCGCCGGCGAGGAGCCCUGGAAGAAGUAUGGCCGCGUUAACGACUGGAACGUCGAUCUGGUACCUAAGCUGUUGAUGGCCAAUGGCGAGUUGACGAACAUUCUGGUUUCUACCGACGUUACGAGAUACCUCGAGUUCAAGCAGAUCGCCGGUAGCUACGUCCAACAAGGAAAGGGUCCCAAGGCCACUGUGGCCAAGGUGCCUUCCGAUGCAGGUGAAGCUCUGCGCUCAUCUCUCAUGGGAAUGUUCGAGAAGCGCCGCGCUAAGAAGUUCCUGGAAUGGGUUGGUGAAUUCAAGCCUGAAGACCCAGCUACCCACCAAGGCUUGAACAUCGCUACAUGCACAAUGAAGGAUGUCUACGACAAGUUUUCGCUGGAGGACAACACUCGCGACUUUGUCGGCCACUCCAUGGCUCUUUUCCAGACUGACGAUUACAUCAACACCCCCGGAACUGCCACCGAUGCUAUCGACCGUAUCCGCCUGUAUGUGAACUCGAUGGCCCGGUAUGGAAAGUCUCCAUACAUCUAUCCUCUAUAUGGUCUGGGAGAGCUUCCCCAGGGCUUCGCUCGCCUUUCCGCCAUCUACGGAGGUACCUACAUGCUUAACACCGAUAUCGAUGAGGUUCUCUACGAUGACAGCGGCAAGGUCUCGGGCAUCAAGGCUACGAUGAAUGACCGUGAGGACAACGGAGCCGCCAUGAAGUUCGAAACCAAGACAAAGAAAAUCAUUGCAGACCCCUCCUACUUCCCCGGCAAGGUCUCCGUCACUGGCUACCUGCUGAAGGCAAUUUGCAUUCUGAAGCACCCCAUAGAUAAGACUGACGGCAGCGACUCUCUUCAGCUGAUUAUCCCCCAGUCUCAGGUUGGGCGCAAGCGUGACAUUUACAUUGCCGUGGUCUCAUCAGCGCACAACGUCUGCCCCAAGGGGUACUACAUUGCCAUCGUCUCCACAAUCGCCGAGACGGAUGCCAACCACCACCUGGAGCUGCAGCCAGGGUUUGAGCGCCUUGGUGAAAUUGAAGAGAAGUUCUUUGGACCCCCCAUCCCUCUCUACACUCCUCUUGAGGAUGGCCGGAAAGACAACAUCUACAUCUCCAAGAGCUACGACGCCACAUCCCACUUCGAGACCACAACCGAUGAUGUGCGGGACCUUUACCAACGUGCGGCCGGUGAAGAGCUUGUCGUUGAAGGGCUCCGGGAAGGUCAGACGCUUGCGGAGGAGUAGAUACUUCGACACCAUGUUAAAGGGACUAAUAUACUGUCGUUUUGAUGCUUUUGAAUUGAGCAAUAAUAACCUCCAUCUUUCGUUCUUUUUGUUCAGUCCGUCUCGUGUUUAGUACCGUACGCUCUUUGCCGCUUGGGCAGUUGUGUCAAGUAGAGCUGGUCAACCUCACCAUCGCAAUGGAGAAGAGUGCCAAAACAAAAGAGGGAAAGAAAGAUAGACCUAGCCAUACAAUCGGUCGACUCAGCUCAUCAACAAUAGUCACAUUCCAAAUAAGGUAUCAUAAGAAGCGCACAAC